AGAAUCGGCCCGAUUUGAUUUGGUUAGAGGGCUCUGUUCCUCAUUUCCUCGUUUCAAGGCGUCAAAGUGCUAAAUUCCGAACCGAAGCCAGAACCAGAGCCACAUCUACAUUCAAACAUCCAGCCAAAUCUCCAACGAAACAGCCAUCCAGGCCUGUCCCUGGCCUGUGCCUGCGACACGCACACCACUGCAGCUUCGCCUUGCGAUGGUAUUGGUGAGCCGAGAGCCGAUCGAACGGCCGAACUAUUACGAGCGGAGCCGAGUGGAGCCGAGCGUGCCAAGCGAGCGGGCGAAGAAUUCAAAUUUCUUUGGCGGGGCUCGUGUUUAGUAAUACUUCGAACGCUAGACGAUCUCCACAUGUGGGGAGAGUGCUGUGCCCGACGAUCGCAGCAGCAGCAAAUCAGCGUUUUCCUUUCGUGUGUGUUUUAAGCGGGGAGAGACAGAGGCAAUUAGAUAGAGUGCGACAUAAAUACGUUGCGGAUAGGACCAAAGGACCCAUCGAGGAUGUUACCCAGAGAUCUAAGGUAUCUCUCGGGUCUUCUGGGCGCCGUUUAUCUGUUGGGCAGCCUGGUUUCCGUUACCUUGGCGAACGGAAAGAUCUGUAAUACAACGAUAUGCGAUUGCAAAGGAAUCAAGGGACGUAUGGGUGCCCCAGGACUCAUUGGUGUUCCCGGCUUGGAAGGACCUGCCGGUGAUAUAGGCCCAAAUGGACCACCAGGACCACUCGGCGAGAAAGGAGACGUCGGCGAGUAUGGCGAACAAGGCGAGAAAGGACAUCGCGGCGAUAUCGGACCUAAAGGUGAAAUGGGUUACCCUGGCAUAUUGGGUAAAAGCGGUGAGCCUGGAACACCAGGACCCCGUGGAAUCGAUGGCUGCGACGGACGGCCUGGUCUGCAGGGUCCAAGCGGAGCACCCGGCAUUAACGGAGUUCGCGGUCCGCCGGGAAAGCCCGGUCAGCAGGGUCCUCCCGGUGAGGCUGGCGAGGGCGGCAUCAACUCCAAGGGCACCAAGGGUAAUCGCGGCGAGACCGGACAGGCAGGCAGUCCGGGUCCGUUUGGAUUCGAUGGCGAUCGCGGUAGCAAGGGUGACACUGGAUACGCUGGCCUAAACGGCGAGAAGGGAGACCCGGGACUGCCGGGACCCAAGGGCGACACUGGUGACGUUUCGGAGCUGCCAUACUCACUGAUUGGACCACCUGGUGCCAAGGGUGAGCCAGGAGACAGCCUGUCGGGAGUUUUGAAGCCAGACGACACCCUAAAGGGCUACAAGGGAUACGUGGGACUCCAAGGCGAUGAGGGGCCACAGGGACAGACCGGCGAACGGGGCGCCAUCGGCCGCAAUGGACUGCCGGGUGCAAGAGGUGAGAUCGGAGGACCCGGAGAGCGCGGAAAGCCCGGUAAGGAUGGUGAGCCCGGUCGAUUUGGAGACAAGGGCAUGAAGGGUGCGCCCGGCUGGACUGGAGCUGAUGGAUUGGACGGAAGCCCAGGAGAGCGCGGAACGGAUGGAUUCCCUGGCAUGCCCGGUGUUCAAGGACGCGCUGGUCCCCCCGGAAUUUACGAUCCCAGUCUGAGUCAAUCGCUUCCCGGACCGAUUGGAUCGCAGGGCGACAUCGGAGAGCCCGGAGAGCAGGGUCUACCAGGUCUGCCCGGCAAACAGGGACGUCGUGGACCCACCGGUCCAGCUGGUCAGUCAGGAGACCCCGGCUUGAAUGGCAAACGCGGACCGCCUGGACGUAGUGAACGCGGUGAGGCUGGAGAUUAUGGAUUCAUUGGUCCCCCGGGACCGCAGGGUCCUCCCGGCGAAGCUGGUCUUCCCGGACGAUACGGCUUGCACGGAGAACCCGGACAAAAUGAGGUCGGACCCAAGGGCGAGGCUGGCCAGAACGGUGAAGACGGUUUGGGGGGAUAUCGCGGUGAUCGCGGAGAAGUCGGCUUGCCCGGAGACAAGGGUCUGCCCGGCGAGGGCUAUAAUAUCGUUGGACCUCCCGGAUCCCAGGGACCGCCCGGUUCCCGUGGACUUCCCGGUGACGAUGGUGUAAAUGGAUUACGUGGACAGCCUGGUGACAAGGGAUUACGCGGUGACGACUGCCCCGUGUGCAAUGCUGGACCCCGAGGACCCCGUGGUCAGGAGGGCAACACCGGCUUUUCGGGUGACCAUGGAAACCGCGGAGCUAUGGGCCUCAUGGGAGUUCGUGGCCCAAAGGGUUUGCAGGGAAAUCCCGGAAGGGCUGGUCACAAAGGUCUGCCCGGUCCACCGGGUAUUCCCGGCGAGCCAGGCAAAGUCGGAGCACCCGGACCCAGGGGAGUGGUGCAAACCAUUGGCUCUUUGCAGAAGGGCGCAACAGGUGAAGACGGCGAGAGCGGACGUCGUGGAGAGCAAGGUGACGAUGGUGUCAAGGGUCGAGAUGGAGAUGUUGGUAGCAAGGGUGAGCGCGGAGAAACCGGACAGCGCGGCGACUAUGGCGAUGCCGGUUUCCCGGGACGCGAUGGCGUGCCAGGACGCGAUGGUAUUGAUGGAGCUCCCGGAAGGAAUAACACCACUCCUAUUAUCUACUUGAUCGGCGAGCCGGGAUAUAACGGAUUUAAGGGAGAGCGCGGUGCCGAUGGUGACACCGGUUUCAAGGGCGUCAAGGGUGAGCCGAAUCCGGGUCCGAUCUACGACAGAACUGGUGCUCCUGGUGAGGAUGGUUAUACCGGUCCGAAGGGCGUAAAGGGAGCCAAGGGACAGCAAGGAGCUAUUGGACUUCGCGGCGAAACUGGUGACCGUGGACCGGUUGGUCAAGUUAUUCCUGGACCCGUUGGUGCCAAGGGUUAUCCCGGCCCAACUGGCGAUUACGGACCGCAGGGAGCUGCCGGAUUACCCGGUCAGGAAGGUCAACCUGGUUUGGAUGGCGGCCCUGGAUACAAGGGCCAACGCGGUGUACCUGGUCAGGAGGUGAUUCAGGGAGAAAUUGGACCGCCCGGUCUAUCAGGCAUUAAGGGCUUACCUGGUGAUGUCGGCGCACCCGGGCAGUACGGACACUCCGGCCGUCCAGGACCCAAGGGAGAGAAGGGUGGGCAGGGACCAGAUGGCGCAGAAGGACAAAAAGGACUGCCUGGUAACAAGGGCCAGCGAGGUGACUUCCAGGUUGGUCUGCCCGGACCAAAGGGUCAGCCUGGACGCAAUGGUGGCCAGGCACCGCACGGAAUCAAGGGCCAGAAGGGAGAAGUGGGCUCGCUGGGACAGAAUGGACAGAACGGGGCCAAGGGCAACAUCGGCUUCUCUGGCCGCCGUGGACUACUCGGAAGUGCGGGUCUGCAGGGCCUGCCCGGUAGUCCUGGCAUACCCGGACUUCGAGGUACGAUUGGCGAGGCUGGAGAGCGUGGUGAAGUUGGAUUGACCGGACGGCAGGGGGACAUCGGUCCUCGUGGACCCAAUGGCAGCUUCGGACCUAAAGGUCUCUCCGGUGAUAAUGGACCGGAUGGCUAUCCCGGAGCUAACGGUUAUCCCGGACGCAAGGGUGAGCCGGGAGAGGCUGGAUACCCAGGACGUACAGGCGCGAAAGGCGGGGCCGCAUACAGUGGCAUUAAGGGUGAUAGUGGAGAAUCCGGCUUGACCGGACCCGUCGGAUAUCCAGGAGCUCCCGGAGCAAAGGGACAGCCUGGACCCGUUGGAGAUUCACAACCGGCCCUUGAUGGAAUUGUUGGCCGCAAGGGAGAAGUGGGCAGUCCUGGACCCAAUGGACUUCCCGGUCGCUAUGGACUAAAGGGACAGCGAGGAGAUCGCGGAUUCGCCGGCCAACAGGGCAGACCAGGAGAGCCAGGAGCCAUUGGAUUGAAUGGCUAUCCUGGACGCAACGGAGCUCACGGCCUGAAGGGCGCCACUGGCUUUACUGGAGCCAAGGGACCCAAAGGUCCGCAGGGUGAGAGAGGAGUUGUGGGCCUGGAUGGACCAACUGGUGUGAUUGGUGAUCAAGGACCACGCGGCAGUUUUGGUGAGCGGGGAGAGCAGGGUGAGCAGGGCGACGAAGGAGAAGUCGGCCUCCCGGGUAGAGUGGAGCCGACAGAUUGGAGCUCCCAUCGUGGCUACACCGGAGAUCGAGGAUUACAUGGUGAACGUGGCGAGCAGGGUGACACGGGACCAAUUGGCUUUAUUGGCGCUCCCGGCGCCAAGGGCGAACGCGGUGACAUUGGCUACGCUGGAAAACUUGGAUUCGAUGGAGCAAACGGCCCUAAGGGUUUCCCGGGUGACCAAGGACCUCGAGGUGCUCCGGGCAUAACAAUGCCGGCGGAGAGAGGUGAAGAGGGUGUUGCUGGACUCGACGGACGCCCAGGUCGUCACGGCUACCCUGGACAGAAGGGAGCACCAGGACCAGCGGGUGAGAAUGGAGCCAACGGUCCGAGCGGACACAAGGGACCCGCGAUCCAGGGGCCCCCUGGACCACGGGGCGAUGUCGGCUUUACGGGAGCACCAGGACGCAAUGGUCGUCAUGGACUUAUUGGACCAAAAGGAGAGCUUGGCGACAUGGGUCGGCAGGGUGAGCGCGGUGAAUCUGGAUAUGCGAUUGUUGGCAGACAGGGCGACAUCGGAGAUAUCGGCUUCCAGGGCGAACCAGGCUGGGAUGGCGCAAAGGGUGAGCAAGGAUACCCCGGACUUUCGGGUAAAAACGGACGGGUUGGUGCCCCAGGACCACGGGGAGACACUGGCGACGCCGGCUGGAGUGGAAUUGAUGGCAUGGACGGACUCGUCGGCCCCAAGGGUCAACCAGGUGUAACUUACUCCUACUCCAUGGCCCGACCAGGAGAUCGCGGCGAGCCCGGACUUGAUGGAUUCCAGGGCGAGGAAGGUGAAGCCGGCGCACUAGGACUAUUAGGAUUACAGGGACGGAGAGGUGAUUUCGGAUAUCGCGGUGACCAGGGCGAGGUGGGCUACACCGGCGCCGAUGGACCGCAAGGACUACGUGGUGACAAGGGUUAUAUGGGCGUGACCGGAGCCCCCGGCCAGGCUGGUCCUCCCGGACCGCAAGGUGACCCAGCGCCAGCGCCGCCGGCGCCCAAGAGCCGCGGAUUCAUCUUCGCCCGCCACUCGCAGUCCGUUCACGUGCCCCAGUGUCCUGCCAACACGAAUCUGCUCUGGGAGGGCUACUCACUGUCCGGCAACGUGGCCGCCAGCAAAGCAGUGGGUCAGGAUCUAGGUCAGGCCGGUUCCUGCUUGAUGAGGUUCACCACCAUGCCGUACAUGCUGUGCGAUUUUACCAACGUCUGCCACUUUGCUCAGAACAACGACGACAGUCUCUGGCUUUCCACCGCCGAGCCGAUGUCAAUGACCAUGGCGCCCAUCCAGGGCAGGGACCUCAUAAAGUACAUCUCGCGGUGCGUUGUGUGCGAGACGGCGACCAGGAUUAUUGCCCUCCACUCGCAAUCCAUGUCCAUUCCGGACUGCCCCGGCGGCUGGGAAGAAAUGUGGACCGGCUACAGUUACUUCAUGAGCACGCUGGACAAUGUCGGAGGCGUUGGACAGAACCUCGUCUCCCCGGGCUCUUGCUUGGAGGAGUUCCGCGCCCAGCCGGUGAUUGAGUGCCAUGGCCAUGGACGGUGCAACUACUACGAUGCACUGGCCUCCUUCUGGUUAACCGUCAUCGAGGAGCAGGAUCAGUUUGUACAGCCGCGCCAACAGACGCUCAAGGCGGAUUUGACCAGCAAGAUUAGCAGGUGCACGGUUUGCCGUCGUCAAGGUAACAGCCUUGUGGCUCGGAGUGCAUAUUCCAAGGAAUAUGCGUCUUCCGGUUCAAGCAGUGGUUCUGCCUCGAGAAUUUCUCCCAGCUGGUCCUCAAGAUCGUCUUCGGGCACAGCUUAUCCUUCAUUUCCGAACACAGAUUUCGAUCGUAGGUCAGGCUGGACAGCCGGCCGGGCUUCCAGUGCUGGCUCCCAGUCCAAUCCCGGUUCUAUCUCCGAAUCCAACGCCAGUUGGCAAUCGAGGCCCAAUGCUGGAUCUAGCUGGUCUUCCGGACCCGUAGCAGAGUCAGGCUCCAAUCCGGGAUCUUACUCUAGCUGGUCCACUGGCUCAAAUGCAGGUUCCAAUCCGGGCUCCAGUGCACGUUCCAAUCCAGGAUCCAACGCCUGGUCCACAGGCUCCUCUUGGAGCUCAGAUACACGCUCUCGCGCCCCAUCAAACUAUUUGAACGGAAGGUACCAGCAAAGGGUUCGCCCGAGCAACCUGCACACCUUCAAUGAGUAUGCUCGCCAUGGAGGCAAUAACCGCCAGUACAACCGACGCCCCCGCGAGGACACCACCGCCCCCUAGAUUGCAAUUCGAACUAAGUAGCAGUUAAAUAUUUGUCUUAAGUCAUUUGCUAUCCUAUCCAGGAAACGAUAACGAUCCAAACCCCAACUCGAGUACCAAACAAACAAACUUCAACCACUGAACAGUGCCAUUUUCCGUGGAGAUGUAAUCUAAUUACGUGGACACCUAAAAGCUAAAACCAUAUGCCACAUACCAAAUAUAAUUAUGGAAGAGGGGUCGAGAAGAGUAAUCACUGCCUCCACUGCAACGAAAGUAAAUCUGGAGCCCCUGUUGGGAUUAUUGUAAACGUAACAAAACCAAAAACAAAGCCCAGUUUUUUGAUAAAUAAAAUUUACAACACAUAAAACUAA